AUGAAAGCAUCUACAUUAUCAACGGCUUUGGCGAUUAUAUCCGCUACUAAUAUGGUCGCUGCUGCACCAGCACCACAAAUUUUAACCGUGUGGCAAACUGCAACUCAAGUUAUCAACACGGAUGGGUCAAUUUAUGAUCAAGAGGCCACACAGGCUACAGUCGCUGCUGUUUCUACCACAGCUGCUGCAUCAGUUGCUACGGCAGCUACUGGAACUAGUUCAGGUUCGAGCAGCAGCUCGACAAGCAAGUUUAAUUUGGACUCUUUACUCUCGGGUGGAAGUGGGAAGAUGAAGCAAUGGCUCAGUAAAAUGUUUGGAUCUUCAAGUGGAGCCUCAAGUACAUCUACAAGUGCACCAGCUUCCACAUCAUCUACUCGUGCUGCUAGUACUUCUACGGGAUCUUCAGGUAGCUUUUUAGAUGAACUUUUGGGUGGCUUAGGUUCAGGUUCAGGUUCAGGCUCAAGUUCAGGUUCAGGUUCAGGGUCGGACUCAGGUAGUUCUUCCACCUAUUCACCAUCUACCUUAUCAACAUCAACCGUUUCAUCCUCCGGUUCAUCAAGUACCUCUACUUCGGAAUCUUCAUCUGGCAUUUAUGAUCAAAUUUAUGACUCACCAAGUCUUGAUGAGUCCUUUGCUAAAGACAUUUUAGAUGCCCAUAAUACCGAUAGAGCAAAACACCUGGCACAACCAUUAUCCUGGGAUACUGACGCCUAUAACUACGCACAAAAAGUUGCAAACAAUUAUGAUUGUUCUGGUGUUUUGACCCAUACACACGGUCAGUUUGGUGAAAACCUUGCCUGUGGAUAUAAGGAUGGUCCAUCCGCUGUUAAGGCCUGGUACGAUGAAGGUGAAACUUAUGAUUACUCAACUGCAAAUGAGUACAAUCAUUUCACUCAAGUAGUCUGGAAAGACACAACUAAAGUCGGUUGCGCUUACAAGGAUUGUUCUGCUGAAAACUGGGGUUUAUACAUCAUUUGUUCCUAUGACCCUGCUGGAAAUGUCAUUGGUCAAGAAAAGCAAAAUGUUUUAUCAAGCUAA